CUGAUUGCUGGCUGAUGGCCUGGAGGCUGGAGUCCUGGGAUGUCUGGCUUGCUCAUUGCUGUGAUGGUGCGCAGGUUCGCAUCGAAAAAAAUGUAUUUACAUUAACCUCUACAACUAUUUUCAAUACUAUUUAGUAAAUAAUAAACAUUUAGAUGAAUGAAGUUCAUAUCCAUACGGCCGAGCAGCUAGGAGACGGAUUGCGUUUCUCCAUCUAUUGUGAAUAUAGCGAAUAUUACAGAGAGGCAGAAGUGGAGCAUAAUAUAGAUUGUACAUCACUAUGGUCGUUGGUGGAUCAAAUGCAGAGUCAGACUGGAGGCGGUACGCCUGUGGGGGGUUAGCUUCAUGCACGGCCGAGACCCUCACAUUCCCCAUAGAUCUGACAAAGACCAGAUUACAGCUACAGAGUGGUAGUGGGAGUGGUGUCCAAUACAGGGGCAUGUUGCACGCGUUAUAUAAGAUCAGUACGGAGGAGGGCUUCCGCUCGUUAUAUAAUGGGUGCUCGCCAGCGUUGCUCCGGCAACUUACCUACGGCACACUUAAGAUGGGCUUCUACAAAGACCUGCGAAGCAAACUCGGCGCGACGAACGGACCCUCUCUGGGAGUGGAUGUAACGUCGGGUAUUAUCGCAGGAGGCGUGGCUGCGGCAAUUGCGAACCCGACGGAUGUUGCCAAGGUGCGGAUGCAAGCUCAAUCAAACGGAAAGUACAAAAAUGCCAUACACGCCAUCACCACGAUAGCCCGGGAAGAAGGUCUUUCUGGUCUUUACAGGGGUGUGUCGCCCACAGUUCAGCGUGCGUGUGUGGUGGCUGGGGUGGAGCUCCCGGCAUACGAUGUGUCGAAGCGAUACUUUCUGCACCACAAAUACUUCGAGGACUCCUACGGACUGCACUUCAUGUGUAGUAAUAUUGCGGGAUUGGUGGGUGCCAUCGCCUCAAACCCGAUAGAUGUUGUUAAGACACGUCUCAUGAGCCAAAGCGCAUCGGCGACUGGAGUGUACACUGGAGUGAUGGACUGCUUCCGCAAAACUGUCGCGGCUGAGGGCUGGAUGGCGUUGUACAAAGGCUUUAUACCAAACUACGCACGGCUGGCGCCAUGGAAUAUAGCGUUCUUCAUGUCGUAUGAGCAGUACGCGCGGUUUGUCGGCUUGUAUGAAUACUAGUAUUAACUUUUAUUUCUAAAUAAACUUGCUGAUUAGAUGCACCGG